UCCAUCCAUUCCUUCCUCCCACCACACCCAAACGCUUGCGAAUGGCGUCUGAGAAAGUCGAAACUGUAAUCGCAGGCAACUAUGUCGAAAUGGAAAGAGAAAAGGGCGAUUCUUCUAAGCCCACAAAGAGCAAGUUCUCUACUCUCUUCUGGCAUGGCGGCUCUGUUUACGACGCAUGGUUUAGCUGUUCUUCUAAUCAGGUUGCUCAAGUUCUUCUCACACUUCCAUAUUCAUUCUCCCAACUAGGGAUGCUUUCUGGGAUUCUCUUCCAGCUCUUCUAUGGCCUAAUGGGUAGCUGGACUGCUUAUCUCAUCAGUGUUCUUUAUGUUGAAUACAGAACAAGAAAGGAAAGGGAAAAAGUCGAUUUCAGAAACCAUGUAAUUCAAUGGUUUGAAGUUCUUGAUGGGUUGCUUGGAAAACACUGGAGAAAUGCUGGGUUGUUUUUCAAUUGCACUUUUCUACUCUUUGGAUCUGUGAUUCAGCUGAUUGCUUGUGCGAGUAAUAUCUAUUACAUAAACGACAAUUUGGACAAGAGGACUUGGACUUAUGUCUUUGGCGCUUGUUGUGCUACCACUGUUUUCAUUCCUUCUUUCCAUAACUACAGAAUUUGGUCGUUCCUUGGCCUCAUGAUGACCACUUACACUGCUUGGUAUAUGACCAUUGCUUCCCUUGUCCAUGGACAGGUUGAGGGAGUGAAGCACUCAGGGCCUACUACGAUGGUUCUAUACUUCACUGGGGCUACCAACAUUCUUUACACCUUUGGAGGACAUGCUGUGACAGUGGAGAUUAUGCAUGCCAUGUGGAAGCCACAGAAAUUCAAGCUUAUUUACUUGAUAGCAACCCUUUAUGUUCUUACUCUGACAUUGCCAUCAGCUUCAGCUGUUUACUGGGCAUUUGGGGAUGCCCUCUUGACCCAUUCCAAUGCUCUUGCUUUGCUCCCUAGAACUGCCUUUAGAGACACUGCUGUCAUCCUCAUGCUCAUCCAUCAGUUCAUAACAUUUGGAUUUGCCUGCACACCUCUCUACUUUGUAUGGGAGAAAUUCAUUGGAGUACAUGAAACAAAAAGCUUGAUCAAGAGAGCUCUUACGAGACUACCCGUCGUGAUACCGAUAUGGUUUUUGGCUAUCAUUUUCCCGUUCUUCGGACCGAUCAACUCAACGGUGGGAUCGCUUCUUGUCAGCUUCACUGUCUACAUCAUCCCUGCUUUAGCUCACAUGGUCACUUUUGCUUCUUCAUCAUCAAGAGAGAAUGCAGUGGAGAGAGCUCCAUCAUUGUUGGGUGGCUGGGCAGGGCUAUACUCUGUGAACAUAUUUGUGGUUGGAUGGGUAUUGAUUGUGGGAUUUGGGUUUGGUGGGUGGGCAAGUAUGCUCAACUUUGUUCAUCAAGUUAAUACCUUUGGGCUAUUCACUAAGUGCUAUCAGUGCCCUCCUCACAAGCAUUGAGAAGAACAUGAACAUGAACAUGAACAUGUCUGUGUGUAAAUUGAUUGGCCGUCCUUAUAUUUGUAUGUCUUUUGCAUGUAUUGGCGAUGUUGGGCACCCCUAUGCAUACCUCCUGUUGAGUUUGUAACCGGUGAGAGUCCACUAGCUAUUAAAGUCUUUGUCUUUAUGAAUGAUAUUCUAUUCAUCGUUUCCCAUUAUGGGUUAACUUCA